UCUCAUGACGCGCCGCUCACGUGCCAUCCAUCUAUCUACACAUCUCGCCGCGCUCCCUCCCUCGUCUCUGACAACCGUACGCCCCCGCCGUCUUCUUCCUGCGCCACCCACCCGCACUCUCCUCCUCCGCCGCCCAUGGCGACGGUGUCGCGCGCGUUCGGCUCGGCGUUCGCGGGCUUCACGCGGUCUCCCACCUUGGCGCCGACCGCGACAACCCUGCCCUCCCCGUGCGGCUCGUCGGCGCUCCUCCUGCACUGGCGCAGGAGCCGGGGCGGGCGAGCCCGGCGGUUCUCGUCCGGACGCGCCGCGAGGAUUAGCAUGAGCCUCCGCGCCGGCAUCGUCGGCCUGCCCAACGUCGGCAAGUCCACCCUCUUCAACGCCAUUGUUGAAAAUGGGAAGGCACAAGCUGCAAACUUUCCCUUUUGCACCAUAAACCCGAAUGUUGGCAUUGUGGCUAUCCCCGAUCCUCGCUUGCAUGUGCUCUCAAAGUUAAGCAAGUCACAGCAGACAGUCCCAACAUCCAUAGAGCUAGUGGACAUUGCAGGUCUCGUCAAAGGAGCAAGCAAAGGAGAGGGACUAGGAAACCAAUUUCUUUCAAACAUCCGUGAAGUAGAUUCCAUACUUCAGGUGGUGCGAUGCUUUGAGGAUGAUGAUAUUGUUCAUGUGAAUGGUAAGGUUGAUCCCAAGUCAGACAUUGAUGUCAUUAACCUAGAGCUGAUAUUUUCAGAUCUUGAACAGAUGGAGAAGAGGUUAGAUAAGCUCAAGAAGAGCAAAACUAAAGAUGCACAAGUAAAAGUGAAGGAACAAGCAGAGAAGUCAGGAUUGGAAAAAAUUCAGCAGGCGCUUAUGGAUGGAAAGCCUGCAAGAUCUGUUGAUUUGGCUGACCAUGAGAAAGAAGCUAUACAGCAUCUUUGUCUGCUGACAAUGAAACCUGUCAUUUACGUUGCUAAUGUAACAGAAUCUGAUCUUGCUGAACCAGAUAGCAAUCCUCAUGUCCAAGAGGUGGCUAAAGUAGCAUCAGACUUGCAGUCUGGUAUGGUUACAAUAUCAGCUCAGGUUGAAGCCGAACUCUCUGAGCUACCAUUAGAAGAGAGAAUAGAAUACUUGAAAUCUCUUGGUGUUACUGAAAGUGGACUUGGCAAUUUGGUAAAAGCAACAUAUAACCUUUUGGGAUUGAGAACUUAUUUCACGACUGGAGACAAGGAAACAAAAGCUUGGACUAUUCUUUCAGGCAUGACUGCACCUCAAGCGGCUGGAGUUAUUCAUAGUGACUUUCAAAAAGGAUUUAUUAGAGCUGAAACUGUAUCCUACGAUGAUUUUGUUGCCUCUGGUUCUCUUGGAGCAGCAAGGGAGAAAGGACUGUUGAGGUUGGAAGGGAAGGAUUAUAUUGUGCAGGAAGGAGAUGUCAUGCUUUUCAGAUUCAACGUGUGAGAACAAUAAUAGCACAAAGCUUCGAUAUACUGGAAUUUUGCACAAGGCAAAAUAUAAUUUGCCCAGAGUUUGAGAUUUUUGUCCUCAUGGCACCAACUGUUCAUGUACUGGGCAUUAUUCCUUUCCAAGGGAAACACCGUGAUUCAAUGUCCAAGUUACAUUGUUCGAGAAAAAUUCAAGAAUACCAUGCACGAGUUUCUCGGUGCAACUUUCAUGGAUCUAA